UUUACUGAGCACAAUGACAGGUGUGAUUUUGGCUAAAUCGACUAAAUUUGAUUUGACUGUUCGUGCAUGAGUUACUUCCUGUUAAUUUUUGGAGUUUUUGUGCAAACUUUUUUGUAAAAUGGAGGCAGCACAAAGCUACAGCGUGGACAGAUCUACAUUACCCAAGGAAGUGGCUGAGCAAGUGAAAGAUUGUAAGAAUGUGAAUUCCGUAGUGUGUGAAAGAUGUCAAUCAGUAGUCCUAAAACCAUUGGCUGCUACAUUUGUUCAGAAAAAAGCAUUCCUUCCACAUAUGAAGAAGAAGUCAGAUGAUCAAACAAUAGAAGAUGGGGAAAUGUUGCAGAAUUACUGGGUAGUUGCUGACAUGUUUGACUUUGAAAAUGUAGGAUUCCUAAAGACAGUUGGUACCAUAAAAUACUUAAUAUGUGCAGACUGUGAGGUGGGACCAAUAGGAUACCAGAAUUUGGAGGACAAAACUGCUCUAUAUGUGUCCUUAGAUAGGGUUAAGCACCUCUAUGUGUCCCAAUAGAUAUCUAUGUAUGGAUAGCUGUACUAUUAUACAUGUAUAUGGAUAUAUACACUUGUGAAAACUUUAUUAUUAUCUAUGACUGUGAUGUCACCUCUCAUACCAUCUUCUAUGUGAGUACUUCUGGGAUGUAAAGAUGGCUGAAGCUCUGUUUGUCACAUAAUAUGUUCACUACUCUUACAUUCUCCAGCAAAAACACAAAUAUUGUACAUGUACAUUGUGGGCCUAAUUAUAAUAAAACCAGAACUAACAAUUCAGUUAAACAUUUUUCUCUUUAUUUCUGUAAUUACACAUAUGUUUAACAAGUUUUAAAUGAAUUCAUUAGUAAAUGUAAUUUACAGUACAAAAACAUCAUGGACAUACAGAUUAUAUUAUUAUGACAAUUUCAGUUUUCAGUACUUGUAAUGAGGCAAUAGAGGCCUCCUUGGGAGAAUGUUGAGGGACAUGUAGCAUAAAUGGAUCCUCUUUGCUUAGCUAUCAUCAGACUAUUGUAUGUCAAUGAUAAACAAGUUACUUAGCAAC